AUGUCGCUGCGGAACCUGGUGGUGCCACUGCGUUCUGCGCAGGCUCGGGGUGCCGCCGCCCUGGCCACGAAGCAAAUCCUCGAUUCGGCACCGGCCGCCCACGUUUCGGCGUUGAAGAAUGGGUUGCGCGUCGUUUCGGAGGACAACGGCAAGCCAACGGUCGCCGUCGGCAUCUUCAUCGAGAACGGCAGCCGUUUCGAGGACAAGUCAAAUAGCGGUGUGUCCGCGCUCGCCGAACAUCUCGUUUACAAGGGCACCGCCAAGCGCUCGCAACAGCAAUUGGAGUCCGAGCUGGCGCGCCUCGGAGCUUCGCUUCAUUCUACCACUCACCGCGAUCACACCGCAUAUGUGGUUCAGGCCGCGUCAAAAGAUGUGGAGAAAGUCGUUGAUAUUAUCGCCGAUGUCGUCCGCAACCCUAAACUCGACGCUGCCGCAGUCGAAGCCGAGAAGCAGGUGCUUCUGAAGAAGCUCGACGAGCUGGAGGCCAACCACGAGAAUCUCACCUUCGAUAUGCUCCAUGCCACCGCUUUCCAAGGCACCGGGCUCGCCAACUACCCUCACGGGACCAGCGAGACUUUGAAGAACCUGACCGCUGACCAAGUCCGCCAGUGGCUCGCCGAUAACUACCGGCCCGUCAGGACUGUGAUUUCUGCUGUCGGCGGCGGUGCCGAUCACCAGAAGCUUGUUGGCCUCGCGGAGAAGUAUUUCGGCGACCUCUCGAACGAAUAUCCCGGCAAGGUACCCUCCGACGAGGGAAUCCGAUUCACGGGAUCCGAGUUCCGGUUCCGCAACGACCUUAUCCCGGCCAUGUAUGCAGCGAUCGCCGUCGAGGGCGUCGGCUACGGGCACGUUGAUGCGCUCCCUCUUGCAAUUGCUGCCAACGGGAUUGGCCAAUGGGACGUGACGCAUGGCUCUUCGCACAAUGCCCCUAAGCGCCACGUACAGCGUCUCGUGGAGGGAUAUGGUCUCCAUGGCUUCAAGCAAUUCAGCAUCAACUACAAGAACACCGGCCUCUGGGGCGUGUACUUCGUCGCUCAAGGCAAAGACUUGGAGGAGGUGACGUCGAUCCACGGUACCAUCCAAAAGGAAUGGAAACAUAUGGCCUGUGCCCUGGAAUCGGCCGAAGUCGACGGUCUUGUCAACCAGUACCGCACCAACUUCUUCGAGUCCGUUGAAUCGAACGCCGGCAAGGCUGGCUUCAAUGCCCGUGAGCUUCUUUACACUGGUCAUCUGCGCAGCCUCGGAGAUGUCGAGGAGCAGCUCUCGAAUGUUUCGUCCGGCUCGAUUUCCCAGGCCCUGAACCGCCACGUCUACGAUCGCGAUGUCGCUACUGCUGGUGUUGGCCGCACCGAGGCCUUCCCCGAAUACGACUUUGUUCGCCAGCGAAUGUGGUGGUGGCGCCUG